UGGUCGGGACCGUCAGAACUAAUCAAAGCAGAUUUGAGAAAUGGCCAAAGAACUUAGACAAACAGAUGUAGUUACUCUGUGUGGCCCAAGAAAUUCUUGCCAAGAAGAAUGCGAUUUCAGGUUAUCGUAGGGAGUUCGCUGUGAAUCAGCUGUGGACGGAGAAAGGGUUUGAGAUUUAAGAAAUUGUUAACAUUGUAAAUUAAUACACUAUAACAUGGCGUGGGUUAUUAAGGGAACCAGUCUUGGGAAACUAUUAAAUGUCUCGUUGAAUCAAUCUGGUGUCUUAAAUAACUCGUUAAGGGGUGCAUGUAUACCCCAGAUAUUUGCAAUUCAGACAGCGAAUAUUAGUGGAAAAGCUUUACGGGAUAAAGCUAGGAAACGGCCCCCACCCUAUCCAUACAAAACAAAGACGUAUGGAUUUUGGAAUGCUCUGUUUGAUAAAACUACUUGGCGAUUUGAUGAUAAUUCUAAAAUUAUUGUUGUUGAAGGACCAAUUGGUGUAGGAAAAACCACAUUUGCCAAAGCUUUGGCAGAUGAUUUAGAAAUGUUACAUCUUCCAGAAUGUAACAUGGAUAUGAAAUAUAUUAAUGACUAUGGUUUUGAUAUAAGACAGUUAGAUCCUCAACUCCCUGAAUCAUGUCAAAGUUUUGAUAUCAAAAAAUUCUAUGAAAAUCCAAAUCAUCAAAAUGUGGCUUCAUUUCAAAUUGAAAUGUAUCGAUUAAGAUAUGAACAGUAUUUGGAUGCCCUUUCUCAUCUUCUUAGUACAGGACAAGGAGUUGUUAUGGAGAGAUGUGCUUUCAGUGACUUUGUUUUUCUUGAAGCAAUGCACAAGGCUGGCUACAUUAGUAGAGGAGCUCGAAGUGUUUAUUAUGAUAUUUCCAAGAAUACAAUAUCAGAGUUACUGAGGCCUCAUUUGGUUAUUUACCUUGACAUACCAGUUAAAAAAGUACAAGAAAGAAUUAAGAAACGAAACAUACCAUACGAAGUUAAUUCAAAAGUUUUGACACCUAAGUAUUUGAGUGAUGUAGAAGAAUUCUACAAAUUGCGAUUCCUCAAGGAAAUAAGUCAACAUUCAGAACUUUUGGUUUAUGACUGGUCUGACUUUGGAGAUGUAGAAGUUGUCAUUGAAGAUAUUGAAAGAAUUGAUUUUGAUCAAUAUGACAAAUACGAAUUAAAGCUGAGAGAUUGGAGAUUGCCUGAUGAAUGGGCGUGGUGUGAACUUCGUCAAAAGUAUACAAAAGGACGACAUUUCUUGAUUAAUAACUUCCUUGUUCCCCGACUGGAUGUCCCAGAACUGCUCAUCCCUGCGAGUGAUAUUGUGCAACGAGAUCUGGUUUAUAGCCAGACUCCUAGUAUGAAGUAUUCUCGAGGCUUUAAUGCAGAUGCAGGUGAUACUGGCCUCCUUUUUAAGGAUAAGGAGCCACCAAAGGAACAGUUACACUCGUAAUACACCUACUACAUUUGCUAGUGACAGAGCAUGGGAACAUGAAGUGUUGUAUACUUGUAGAAAUAUUAAUAAUUAUUUGAUAUUUUGUAAUUACGUUUGAAAUUUAGAGAGUUUUCCAAGAAGUAAAUGAUUGGAAUAUCUGAAUAUUGUUACAUCUUUUACAUCUUAAAAAGUUUACUACUGGCUUUGACAGUGGUAAUUGAUUUUGUUAAAUUCCCACUUGUAAAAACUGAAAUGCCAAUAAAUGUGUAAUUUAUUUUUCCUGAGAGGACUUGCAAUUUUGUUCAUUUGUAGAUUAUAAGAACAUUACCAUUUAGAGUUUCAAUAAAAGUAAUUUACUUAUCAGAU